AUGCAAGAAAUAAAAAAUGCAACAUUAUGUAUUGAUGAUGGAGAAAAUUCAAAUGUUAAACAAGAUUCUUUACAAGUACCAAAUGUAAAAAUUAAUGGUAAUAAAAAUGUAUAUUUGGAAAAAUUUAAUGAAAUUGUUGAAGAAAAUGUUGUUACACCUAAUGUACCUUUAGAUAUUCGUAAUGAUUAUAUUGCAAGAGUUAUUACAACAGCUGAAUUAGCUAAAAAUGGAAAAAAGUAUGGAGCUUAUCUUUCACAAUUUGAGAAAGUUGUUAAUACUGCUUUACCAAAUAUGGGAAAAGAUUAUGUUAAUAAGGUAGUAUUUGAUUUUAGACAUAAAUCAAUUAUUGUUUGCUCAAAACAAACAGCAAUUAAAAAAGAGCAAGUUAUUGCAGGUAUAUGUUUUCGUGAAUUCAAAUUACGUGGCUUUAUUGAAAUUGUAUUUUGUGUCGUUCAACUCAAACAUCAAUCGCAUGGUUUUGGUUCAUUUAUUAUGGAUUUAAUGAAAACUUAUAGUAAUCAUUUAAAUAUUCCAUAUUUAUUAACGUAUGCUGAUAACAAAGCAGCAGGUUAUUUUUCUAAGCAUGGUUUUGUUGAAGAUAUUGAAUUAAAUGAAGAAUACUAUAAAAAUUAUAUAAAGCAUUAUGAUGGAGCUAAGCUCAUGGGUGUUAGUGUUAUAGAAAAAGUAGAUUAUACACUUUUAAAAGAUCAAAUUGAAUACGUCAGUCGAAUGGCUGAUAAAUUGGUAAUAGAUAUUCAACCAGUACGUUCAUAUGUCUCAAAAACAUAUGCUGGAAUUGAACAUUUAUUUAAAGAAAGUGGUAAAGGUAAUUUAAAAAAAUCAACUAUUGUUGCUCUUUCCAAAAUCUCUGGUUUUGAAAGAUAUAAUAUUAGAAAAUUAGCAAGAAUAGAUCCUCCUGAAAUAGAUUUUGAAAAGAAAUGUCAAACUAUUUUAAAAGAGCUUAAAAGUCAUAAAAAUAUUGUAUGGCCUUUUGAAAAUCCAGUUUCUGAGGAAGAGGUACCAGGUUAUCAUAGUUUUAUUGAGAAUCCUAUUGAUCUAUCAACUAUUAAAAGCAAGCUUGAUAAAAAUGGAUAUUCACAUGAGCAUCAAUUUGUAGCUGAUAUAAAAAGAAUGUUUGAUAAUUGUUAUCGUUACAAUGGUUCCACUUCUCCCUAUUAUGCAAUGGCAUAUAUUUUAAAUAAAAAAUUUAAUGUAUUACAAGAAAAAUAUUUCCCUGAUUUAUUUUUACAGGCUAAACUUCCAGAGGCACCUACAAAAGAAGCAUUAGAAUAUUGUCGAUAA